GCGGUGCGCAACAGUUGUAGCAUCGCCGCAUCGGGGCACAGAAUCUCCACAAGCGGCCGCUUUUCUUUUGUCAGCCAUUGUCCAUUGCCCAUUGCCCAUUGCAAGCCAGCUAGCUACACUUGCUGCCGCCGCGUAUAAGUUCCUUUCUCGCUCGCUUUGCCCACCGCCGCGAUCUCUUCCUCCUCUCCCUUUCCAGAUCCGUUCCUCCCACACUCCCAGCUUCCAGUACUCUCACUCGCCUCCCCUCCUGUGAGGAGGGAGAGAGAAGUCAUGGGUUCUUGGGCCCUUCUUGCUCUGGUUCUUGGCUUCCUGGCCGGAGCAGCGCGCGCCUCCGAGCCGUGGUCCAACGGGACGCAGGUCUAUUACACCAAUGGCAACUCCGGCGGCGGCAACGGCGCCUUCGUCGGCCUCACGCUCAUCCAGUCGGCGGCCGCCAGGGGAGCCGUAUGCUUGGAUGGAAGCUUACCGGGUUAUCACCUACACCGGGGAUCUGGAUCGGGGUCAAAUAAUUGGCUUGUCAACCUGGAGGGUGGAGGCUGGUGCAAUGAUGUUAAAAGCUGUGUGUACCGCAAGAGCAGUCGGCGUGGGUCAUCAAAUCACAUGGAGAGGCAGCUCCAGUUUACAGGCAUAAUGAGUAACAGGCCUGAAGAAAAUCCUGAUUUCUACAACUGGAACAGAGUGAAGGUUCGGUAUUGUGAUGGUGGAUCCUUCACUGGUGACGGGGCUGAUGCGGCUUCAGGCCUUUAUUUCCGAGGUCAGCGUAUUUGGCAGGCUGCUAUGGAUGACCUGAUGGCCCAAGGAAUGCGUUCUGCUAGUCAGGCCCUUCUUUCUGGAUGCUCUGCUGGGGGUGCUUCUACCAUACUUCACUGUGAUGAGUUCCGUGGACUGUUUCCGUCAAAUACCAGAGUCAAGUGCCUUGCGGAUGCUGGAAUGUUCCUUGACGCUGUUGAUAUUGCUGGUCGUCGGGGAAUGAGAGAGUUCUUCAAUGGCAUCGUGAGAUUGCAGGGUUCUGGAAGAAGCUUGCCCAGAUCUUGUACCUCUCGCAUGGAUAAAACCUCAUGUUUUUUCCCACAGAACGUGCUGCCAAACAUGCAAACGCCGACUUUUAUUUUGAACACUGCUUAUGACGUGUGGCAGCUUCAAGAAAGUUUGGCCCCCAAAACAGCUGAUCGCCAAGGUCUGUGGGAAAGAUGCAAGCAAAAUUAUGCUUCUUGUAGUGGCAAUCAACUUCAGUUUUUAAAUGGCUUUAGGGAUGAAAUGCUUAACGCUGUGAAGGGCUUCUCCGGGUCAGGGCAGAAUGGGGUAUUUAUCAACUCAUGUUUCGCCCAUUGCCAGAGUGAGAGACAGGAUACAUGGUACUCAGGCAACUCUCCUCGACUUGGUAACAAGAGAAUCGCUGAAGCGGUCGGUGACUGGUACUUCGAGAGGGGCAACGCCAAGUACACCGACUGUGCAUACCCUUGUGAUGGCACGUGCCAUCACAUUGUGUUCAGGGGGAGACAUCUUUAAGAACAUCAUUCUUUGACACCAGCAAUUUAGGUGUUGAAAACCCAGUGAGUACAACCUAAAAGGAAAGGUAUAGAUAGAAGAUGGGUGCAAGUUCUUGGCUUGCCCGGUGUCCAUCGCUUGAUAUGAUAGGGCAGACCUCACACGCAAAUGCGAUGAGGCCUCUGUGUUAUUUUAGUUUCACAUAUCAAUUCUUUACAUUGCCGAUUGCCAUUCCCUUGAUGUAUCUGAAUAUUUGGACAAUACUGGUGUAUAACCUUUACAUAUUUAUUAUGGGUUGAACGUGAU